AUGGGAUAUGGUUCGGAAGCCAUUUUGGCUCGCCUCGUAUCCGACCGAAAUUUUGAAGUGACACCUUGGCUGCGAAUUCUGUCUUGCAAUGCAAAGACGCAAAAGGGAAGCAAGAUCAGGACUGGGUUAGUCAGUAUAUUGAUCCUUGUCGCCCACUCAACCUCGGGGCCUUUCAGCGACUUCCAUUCAUCUCUCAACGCCUCUUUUCACCAAACCCUAACUUGCUUCCCCGCUGAUAGAAUCGCAGUUUUGACGUACAAGCUCCGCGAGUACGUCCCAAUGACGCGUUCUCGAAUAAUUCCAAUUCAGGCAUCAUCUUUUAUCUUCAAAUACGUCUCGAACAACUUGUUUUCAUCCAGCUCAUUCGCCGAUAGAACGCGGGUGCCUAAAUACCAAGACCUGUCCGAUGACUUGAAUUCUCCAUGUUUGCGAGUUUCAUUUCAUUCGUAUGUCGCGUUGUCUAUUCCACAAACUGAUGAAUCAAUAUGUACUACGAAGAACAGAAUACGUCUACCACCAACAAACAUAAUGCAACCUCCCCACACCUCCCGAUCCGAUACCGGAAUUGAUGCUUCAAGCAUCGGCUUUGCACUUAGCACUGCACAAUCGAGCGUCAGUUCUCUGAAAACAGUGGAUGAAAUUAAACGUCCACUUGGGGAAGAGACUUACAGCAAGUGGUUUUGUAGCAUGCCAUGGAGGCCGCCCAUUCAAAUUCGCAUCUCUACAUCUCCCAGUUAG